AUGAAGAGGCUGUUGGAGUUUGGGAGGAAAGCAAUGUUCUAUGUGAGAGUGCUCUCUGGUUAUGAAGAAAGGAGAAUCCGUAAUUACAGGUUGCAACUCGAGAAACGUAUUCAGCAGGCCCAAGAAAGGAAAGCAGAGAUAAACAGACUCCCAGAGAAGAUUGUAUUAUCUGAAGUCCGCCGUAUGGUUGAACAGAUGCAGAAUUUGAAUAAGCAGAUUGAGAAUACGGAAGCUCAGAUUGAAGACUACUUCAAACCGAUAGACAAGCAAGCUGGUACAAUAAUGGAGGUUCAGCUGGAAUCAGAGAAGAAAACGAUGGGGACAAUGAUGAACGCAACACAAGAGGAAACCAUAAGAAAAAUUGAAGAAGCUGAGAGACUCGCUCGUGCUGGUGGAAAUGCAAACACGGGAGAGAAAAUGCAAGAUUCAGCGGCCAAUGAGAAAGAAGCUCAAGCAAAGUAA